UUAAAAGCAGCAGCAGCCAAAGUAGUUUGGACGGUUAUGGUUAGGAAGCGUUAUUGUAAAUAGAUGGUUGAGCUCUUCUGUGAAAACAUCGGUUGUGAAAGCACUACACGGCACUUCCAGCUUCACGGCAGCAGCUCCAGCGUUACGGACGUGAAGAUUUAGCUGAACUUCCAUACCAGCUGCUGCUAACUUCAGGCCCAGAACAACACGCCAGCAUGGACUCCUGGGUUCGGUUUAACGGCCAGAGCCAAGCCAAGGAGCGAAUUAUUCGGGCUGCUCAGUAUGCCUGCACCCUGCUGGGCUACACUCUGCAGAAGGGCGGGGCAGCGGCUGAACUUCACAAAACAGUCAGUCAGCUGGAAGCACACAUGAGCCUGACAAGAAAGUUACUACGUCUGGGAAACUCUGUGGAGGCGCUGGAGGCCGCCAAGAGGGCCAUACACCUGUCUGACAGUGUGCUGAGGCUCUGCCUGACCAUCAGUCACCUCAACAGAGCCAUGUACUUUGCCUGUGACAACGUCCUGUGGGCUGGAAAAACAGGCCUUAUCCCCAAACUGGACCAGCACAAAUGGAGUCAGAGAUCUUUCAGGUACUACCUCUUCGCUCUGAUCCUCAACCUAACUCGAGAUGUGUAUGAGCUCCGCCUUCUUAUUGAGUGUGAAGAGCGUACCAGAGCUGCCAAAUCACAGAACUCACCGUACCCCACCACCACCCUGCCCACCGACCAGUUGUCCUCACCCGUCGCCGCCUUGCCUGUUGUGUCGACAUGGCUCCGCAGGCAGCUCCGCCUACUGGUGGCGGUACUGUACAACAACCCGCCACUGCUGUUGGACUUGCUGAAGAACAGUUGUGAUAUCUUCAUCCCACUGGACAGGCUGGGGAUUUACCCUACGGGGUCGGGCUUUGUUGGGGCCUGUGGCCUAGCCUCCUCUGUCCUCUCCAUCCUCACCAUGGUCCAUCCCUGGCUCAAACUCAAGCCAUGAACUCGGGUCCACAAGGAGGAGGACUGAGAUCAGAAUCUAACAGGGUUCACACACUGAUCAUUUUAAGCAGGCAGCAGCUGCUGGUGUACUCAGACCACAUUUCCUAAUCCUUCAGAAGUUUUUUUUUCUGCAUAACAUACUGAUUACUGACCUGUGACCCGUGUCCACACAGGGCUGAAGCGAACCCAUGUUGUCCUCAUGUUCUCACAGUAGCCAGUGUUAAGUAAAUAUAGUAUACUCUGUCAUACACUGGGAAGUGAUUUGUUGUUGGGUCUAAAGGAUUCAUUUACCACUAAGCUGUACUAACAGGCUAAACAUCCACUGAAUGCAAGAAAGGCUGAUGGCCUGUUCCUCCUUUGUCUCCAACGGUGCACUGAGUGUGGCUCAUUUCAUUUAGGUUACCAAAUAACGCAUACCGACACUAAACCCAAAUACUUAUGAAAUACAUAGGGAUGAGGAUUCAUUGUCCAACACAGCCUUCACAGAAAGAGCAGCACAGCUGUCUCCUCCAUCUGCUGUCAUCCCUUGGUAUCUGCCCUCUUACCAAACGCAAAUUAAAUCGUUUGCUUGUCUCGCCUGAGUUUUACCGCUGGACUACUGCAGAGUGUUCACACACAACACCAUCAUGCGAAUAAACACAGCAAUUACUACAGUGGUAUAAAACCAAAGUUAACAUUUUCAAAGGGAUCAAAACUAUGCUGCAGAUUUGUUAAACUUAAGAAUUAAUUUUUUGUCAGGUCUGGCAGCAAGACAACUUCUAAAAUGUCAUGCAAUAAAAUGCAAAUUAUUUAAAAAUCA